AUGUUCGGUUGGCUAUCGGAAUCAGAAUAUAUAUUUGGAUCUGAAUGGCAUAGUGUUUGCGAUGUAAAGUUGAUGGCCGCCAUCGAAAUGGAGGUCUUGGUAGCGCUAGUAGCGCUAGAGGUUGAAACGGCAAUAUUCAGCGGCUGCGAAGUAGACUGCGGUGGUAACGAGGUUGUGAAAAAAUGGAGAAGCGUGAAGGACAACUUUUUUCGAUACGUAAAAAAAAUAAAAGAAAACAGUUCGUCUGGAUCAGGGGCAAAACAAUUGAAAAAAUAUCAUUAUUACAAUCAGUUGCUGUUUUUGAUGAAAGUUGCCCAAAAUAAAACUGACAGUAGCCUUGAAAUGGUGUCUGAAGAAACGGAACGAAAUGAAAACACAGCAUCAUCUUCUCCAUUUCCUACAAAAGAAAUGUCCUCGUUACCCCAGGUCCUUCUCGCUACGUGCCUGCAAGCCGUAAGAGAUCAAACCAAGCAAUAG